GAGCUUGAGAACUGGGUCAACAGUAUACACAGUGCAUGUGCAGCAGCGUUUGCAAGACAUCGAGGGAAGACGGGAACGUUGCAUUUGCUACAGGAAGAAAUAUUUAGACUGGAAAAGGCCAUAGAAACGGAUCACAAGCUGAAACACAUGGCCGAAUUACAACAGUCUGUAGUGGGGGAUGUUGAAGCUCGGCAGCAACUGGCUAAUCAAGUGGUGCAAUGGGAGGAAAAUUUGGAACGACUACACUGCGAACAAUUUCGGUUGCGAUGUUACAUGGCCAGUCUGCAAAGCGGAGAACUGCCUAACCCCAAAUCUUUGUUAACUCACGUGUCGAGGGCUACAAAGAACACGCUGAACAAACUAGGCGUAUUCACCGUUUCAUCGUUCCAUGCCUUUAUCUGUGCGAGGAGUCCUUCGCUUCUCAACAACCUCUUGGCUGGCAGAGGUGCAACAAAAAGAAGACCCCCAAUGCUCUCUCGGUCUAAUAGCGGAUCAAGCAGAAGAUCACUUCAGAUGAAUUCCAGAGAAGAAUCUGAAAAAACUGUUCGGGUAUCUCUGCCUGAUUCGCAAUCGACUGCGGUGUACGUCCGAGAUGGUAUGUCUGUCGAAGAAUUUCUUACCAGUGCCUGUACCAGGAAGAACCUCAACCCUACCGAGCAUUUCGUUAGGGUGAAAAAGAGAAGAGACAUGGAAGACCAUAACUAUUUUGUGCCUCAUCGGAGCGACCUCAUCGAAACUUACUUGCAUACUCAUGAAAUUGUUGAAGUUUGUGCGAAAAUUCUCUAUCAAGUUGAAUUAUCGAGGAAUACGCUGGAGCAGAUGUGGGGCUUCAGUGUCGAGGCCGAACUUGUUGAAAAUGCCGAUAGGCAGGACGAACUUUGUUGCUACGUUAGCAGAGUGGAAGACAAAAGCGUUGCUAUGCAGAAUGGUAUAAUAAAAGGCGAUGAAAUCAUGGUAAUAAAUGGGGCGAUCGUUUCCGACCUGGACAUGAUGUAUUUGGAGAGCGUUCUACAAGAAGAGUUGUCCUUGUGCAUGAUGAUGCGAUCUUCGCGAACCGAACCACCGGAAUUGACAGGGAUCCUCAGGACGACCGAUGACAACAUCGAAAGUUUGGUUUGCCCUCCACCGCCCUCCGAGCCCCAGGUCAUCAGUGAGGAAAUGAUCUCCGGUCUCAUAGUUCCUGCCCCAGGUUGGAGUAAAGAACCUCAACCGUCGUACUCUACAGAAUCGGAUAACGUUUCCACGUCCCUUACGGCCGACGGCGGGAUCAAGUUCAGCUCGAGAACAAACUCUUUCGAAAUCGAAAACUUGCUCAAAACCGCGGAACAAGUGACGGGAUUUUGUCGAUCGCCGGUCGAAACCAGAAAGUCAAGCCCUACGGGCAGCAUUGUCAGCAACACAUCACAAGCACACACUCGGCAACUAACCGACGCGGAAAAACUAAGAAAAGUCAUCCUAGAACUGAUUGAGACCGAAAGGACAUACGUAAAGCAUUUAAAUAAUCUUCUAGAGAAUUAUCUGGAACCACUUAAGAAAGAAACAUUCCUAUCAAAUGCGGAAAUCAACGCGCUAUUUGGUAACAUUCAAGAAAUCGUAGCAUUCCAAAGACAGUUCCUACAAAGUUUGGAGGAAGCGUUAGAAUUAGAACCUGACUUUCACAAAUUCGAUCAUCCUAGUCAAUUCAAGAACAUGCUGUUCUCAAUCGGCAGCGCAUUCUUGUACUACGUCAAUCAUUUCAAGCUUUACAGCUCGUUCUGUGCAAGUCACAGUAAGGCACAAAAGGUCCUCCAUCCAAAUGAGGGGAAUCAGGCGCUGCAGGAAUUUUUGGCCGCGAGAAAUCCUAGACAGCAACAUUCGUCUACAUUAGAAUCUUAUUUAAUUAAACCGAUUCAAAGAAUACUAAAGUAUCCUUUGCUACUGCAACAACUGAGAAAUCUGACGGAUCCCAAUUCUGACGAACAUCAGCAUUUAGUCGAGGCCCUAAAGGGAAUGGAGAAAGUAGCCGAACAUAUAAACGAAAUGCAAAGGAUCCACGAAGAGUACGGUGCAAUUUUCGAUCAUUUAUUUAGACAACAUCAAAAAUCGUGUAAACAACCGAUAGAUUUAAGUCCUGGUGAUCUCCUUUAUUACGGUGGCGUUGAAUGGCUAAAUAUUUCCGAUUUUUUGGGAAAAAUUAAGAAAGGCUUAGAACUUCACGCCAUGUGCUUCGUCUUCAAAUCGGCCGUAGUUUUCUUAUGUAAAGAACGUCUAAGACAAAAGAAAAAGCUAAUGGGCGUUUCGAGUAAAACAAAUGCUUCAGAGGUAGAAAUUAUAAGAUAUCAAGUACUAAUUCCUGUCACAGAAGUACAAGUUCGAGCUUCAUCGGCCAAAGAUAUGGAUUCUCAUUUUCUAUGGGAGUUGAUUCAUUUAAGAAAUCAACUGCAACGAAGAUCAGAAAAAGUUUACGUAUUAUCAAAUAGCACUGCAGAUUUCCGAAACGCCUUCCUAAAGACUAUAAGACAAAUCAUAAGGGAAUCGGUAAGGAACAUGUCGAUACCAUCGACGAAACCUGGAUCCGGUCCUGGUAUAAUUCUGGUCUCGAGUCGCAAGGGCGAUGUCAUGUCCAGUCAAACACUCGAACGGCCCAAUAAGCAAACCGUUCACGUAAUUCAGGGGUCGCACACGUUAGGAAAAAUCAAAAAGUCGAAGAGUUCUCAAAGACACUCAGCCGGAAACAUCGAUUACGAUAACAUCAGUCAAGAAGCUGACGAACCUCCGAGCGGAAGUUUUAGAUCAAGAAGUAAAACGUUAGGAGAUACAGCAGAUGGACCAAAAAGGCAUGAUCAAGAAAAACCUGACCCAGGAACCAAGUCUGAAGGAGAGGAAGACUCACAAGGUGGAAAUACAAAAUCCAAGACAAAUUUAGGAAGAACCCCAAAUCACCUCACUCUCAGCACUACAUCAACUUUGUCGGCCGGCAGCACUGGCAGUCAAGCUCGUCUAAUCCAGUCGUCGCACCAACCGGAGCAUUAUCAGCCCAUGCAGGUCGAAGAAUUAGGUAAGCAAUAUUCGUCGUCCUCUAAUACGAAAACAGUUAAAGCGGAAGUGCACGCAUCAAAAACCCCAUCGCCAAAUCGUUCCCCGAAAAAGCACACUCCCCUCUCCAGGAAGAAGUCUAGCCCCAACCAUUCGAGAAAGACUAGUCCCCAUUCGCGAAGGUCUAGUCUCAGUCCGGUUAAAACUUGUACCGAUAAUUCAAAAAUAAGUGAAGAACGAGCUAAAGUCGAAAACGAUUUAAAAGAAAAGAAACCUCUGAAAUCUUCGCUAAAGCAACCGUCAAAGUCACUGAGCAUUGAAAACCCCACGUGUGUUGAGUGCUAUUUGUCGGGGAAAACUGAUAAGAAACAGUGACACUACUGUUGAAGCAAUUGUUCAAUUAAUUUUAUUAAAUUAUAUAUCUACUAAUUACUACUAUUGUAUUAUACGUAUAGGGUACAUGAUAAUGUUUAAGUAAUUUUCGAUAUCUCGCUUAUUUACAAUUGUGCAAUUAACGAAUCUUGUUGAAGUUUACUAUUAAGUUUUUCAGAGGAUUUAUAAAGAUUUAGAGUUAAAACCACGAUAUUAAAUUAUAGGUAUCUCUUAAAAGAAGACUUACAGCUGAAAAGGGGAACGAAUUUAAAAAUUAUUUACACAAAAUUUACGUGUAUACAAUUUUUCAAAAUAUUUCAUACUAAUUUCAUUAAAUGACAGUAAACAAAAAUUAUCAUCUUGGGGUGAACCAAGAAUUUAAGAAAAACUCUGUUAAAAGUAUGAGAAAGAAUAUGAUAGUUGAAAAAUUUAAAUGCAUUCUGGUAAAAAAUUUUGACCAGUUAUUCAAAGAUAUUUAUUUCCUACCUUCAUUUGUUGCUAUAAAGAAAUUGAGGUAAAUACGAAGAAUGAUAAUCUUAACAUUCAAUUACUACCGCUUACCAUUAUAUAGUUUUUUCCAGUGUACAAGCAGUAACAGUCAGAAGAUGGUUGAAUAAGCAGAAACGUUACAAUAACAUAAAAUUGUUUAAUUAUUUGACCGCCACCCUGGAAAAAACUAUAUAAUUUAAAAGUAACGAUCAGGAAUCUCACUUAAAUUUCUUACCAUUUUAUUUUCGUUAAUCAAGUCAAAUUAGGAAGGCGGUGUCGCCCACAAAUGGGUCACCUAACUACUUCAAAACCUUGUUCAAUAAAUAAUCGUUCUCUUUGAUAUUUAUUACAGAGUUGCCUUCCUACAUUGAUCUACAUUCAAAUUUGGAAUAAUAGUAAAGAAAAGAUACAAUUUCUUUUUAAAUUCAUUCCUUUAAUGCUGUGUAUAAAUAAUUGAAAGUGUCUUAUAUAUAAUUUACAAGCUUUUAAAUUUCUAUCAAACUAAUGCUCCUAAAUUUUAUUUUAUUUUUGCUUUCGAUUACCUUUGUAUGUAAUACAUAUCGACUGUUUUUAGACUAAUCGUGAAAUCAAAUAUUUAAACUCGUUACACCUAAAAGGUGAUUAUAAAUCGAUUAUAUUAUACAGUUCUCGGUUGUCGACUGCUACGUUAGAUUUACUCGUAGAAAUGAGAAAAAAUCAAACUAAAAAAGAUAAUUAACUAAUAAAUGUAGGUAUUAUAACUAAAACGUAGUUCAAGCACCUACGAAAAUUCUGGAGUCGUAUCCAACCUUUGAAAAGGAGAGAGGGGAUGAAAUGUAUUUUAUUCAUUUAUUUGCAACAAAGCCACCUCAUUUAAUGAAAUGUAAAUAAUGGCGUUUAGAUACUCUAAAAUAUGCUCUACAAAUCCAAAUAAUUGCGUUUUAUGUUUUUAAAUCAUAAAAUCCUCGUUUUUCAUGCAACGAAAAUGCUCGUUUUGAAUUAGUCAAUAUUUCAAACAAACUUUUACCUAAAAAUACACACACAUUCUUACCACUUCCUUGACAUAAGAACGACUGACCCCUAAUAAAUAAACACAACUCUGUAAAAAUGCUCCACUAGUCACUAGAUCAGUUACUACAUACAAAAAUGUACUAAAAAAUAUUUCUUUACUUAAUUUCUGCAUUUUCAAAAACCCAAAUAUACUUUUAAUUAGAAAAGCACUUGGCAUCUUUUAGUAGGAAUUGUAAACUGUUAAUCUUCAGUUUGAUCUAAAUCAACAUAUUUCUCUUUUAAUUCACUGUAGUCAAAAAAUAUGACAUAAUACGGUUCAUUUUCCUACAUAUUUAAACAUCAGAGAGGAAUGAUAAAGGUGCGUUUAGACUAAGCGAACGGAAACAAGGAAAGCGAACAGAAAGUUCGGUAUCACAAAACUCAUUCGCAUACACUUCUUGCUUUUUAAUGUGGCACAAAAGCAAUAAAAAUUGGACUUAAUAACUAAUGUUAGCGGUAAGAAAAGAAUAGUUACAAUCCACACCAGUUAGUGAGGAUAAUUCUAUAAAUGUGACUCCUCACCAAUGGCGUGUGAUUUUUAAUAUUCAUCGCUUACACAGGAAUUACAGAGAAUUUCAUCAUUUUUUUAUACUGUUAUUAUUUUCGGUACCAUUAAAUGUCUCACCUGCAAGGUUGUCUUAAGAUUUAUUGCUUUUGUGCCUGGUUAAAGCAUGACAAUUAUGCAUCAAUCAAACACAUUCUGAAAAAAUAAAUUUAUUUGCCAUAGACUUAGUCUGAUCACACAAACGUUAAAAACAAUAGAAUUUUGAUCGAUUCACGGCAGGGGGGUGAACGAACAUUUGCUCGUUUGUUCUAGUUACACCUUAAGUCAGCACUGUAUCGAGUGUUAGUUAUUUACAUUGCUGCAACUUAACAUUAAACUAGAAAUAUACCCUGCACACCCUCAUGUACAUAUUCCAUCAAUAAUAAAAUUAAACCUACAGGGUAAUAUUUACCGUUCAAAUAAAUGGAAAAAUAAUUAAAGAAACUGUUAUAACUUUAUGUGGCUGUAAACCAUCAACGUUGACCUAGUGCUAGCGUAAAACAGUUCAGUGUAGUUAGUUACUUAUAAUACUAAUCCACUCCCAUUAUCCAUUACUCUAGUAAGCAUGUACUGCUUUUUGUAACCAUUGCUCUUAGAUUAUUUUUUUUUAUAUCUUUGUAGCCUCUGCAGCUUUUAUUUUGCAUGGUACGUUGCUCGCAAUGUCGAAUAGUACUGUUAAAUAAUAUGGAAUUCGUAUUCAUAUUGAACAUACAUAUGUUACGGAUAAAGUACUUACUUAGUUAGUUUGUAAACUAACUGAAUAUCGAAUAGUAGAUAAACUGUCCAAAUGGAUGACUUGAAGGAUACGGUUAGUAUUAUAAAAUUACAGUAGGAGAAGGCAAUACUGACGAAGUGUAUAUGUAUUUCAUAAAAGGACACGAGACAUGAGUAUUGUACCGUAUCGUAACCCUAUGAUGCUACACAUAUCCGUCAAGCCAGACAUUUGGACAGCUAGUUUACAAACUGGCCAAGUAAGCAUUUUAAGCGUAACGUAUUUGGUUGGCUUUGACAGUAUUAUUUCGACUUUUAAUGUAAAAUGUACGUCUAUUGGAGUUCUGCACAUUAAAUGUAACGACCCAACAUUAAAAUUAGAAAUGACUAAUUAUUAGGUAAUCAAAAAUAGCUAUAAUUGUUAAAUGAAAUAGUAAUUAUAUAACCGAAAAAUAAAACG